AUGUUAAAUAAAUUUUGCUUCGAAGCGCUAGACAAAUGCCUUAAGGAUGUUCUUCGAUUUGAUCGUGGAUAUAUUCCUCAUGCCCCAUUUGGUGGGAAAAUUGUUGUUCUAGGAGGUGAUUUUCGUCAGAUAUUGCCUGUGAUUCCUCGUGGUUCCCAGGAAGAGAUCGUUCAUUCGUGUAUUAAUGCUUCGAACUUGUGGCAAUCUUGCCAAGUGUUACAGUUAACUGAAAACAUGAGACUGUCCCGUGGUUCACGAGAUAUCCAUUGUGUACAAUUGAAGGAAUUUGCUACAUGGUUGCUUCAAGUUGGUGACGGGUUAAUCAGAGACAAUGCCGAUGGCGAAUCAGUGAUCAGAAUACCCAACGACUUGCUGCUUAAUGUUGAGUAUCCCUGUCUGCAUGAUUUGGUGUUGUUCGUUUAUCCUGACAUCUUACUCUAUUCUUCUAGCGUGGAUUAUUUUAAGGGUAGGAGUAUAUUAGCACCAACACUUGAUGUCGUUAAUGAAGUAAACAAUCAUGUGAUGUCUUUGAUCCCUGGCAACGAGAGGGUAUACUUGAGCUCUGAUACACUAAUUAGUGAAGAUGGUCACCUGGAAUCUGAAUUAUAUACAAUGAGCACCGAAUCAUUGAAUGCGCUAAAUUGUUUAGGAAUUCCCCGACACCAGUUAGUUCUUAAAAUCGGUGUUCCUGUGAUGCUUCUUCGCAAUAUUGACCAAUCCAAUGGACUAUGUAAUGGUACGCGCAUGCAGGUUUACUCGACGCCAAUUUCCGGUUGCUCUUUGCUUUGUGAUGACAAGUCCCAAGGCCAAACGCUGUCAACCGUUGGCGUCUAUCUUUCGAGGCCUGUUUUUACUCAUGGUCAGCUUUAUGUUGCGCUUUCUCGGGUUAGCAUGCAUUCUGGACCGAAGAUUUUAUCCGUUAAUUCUAACGGCAAAGUUUCAGAUCAUACUAUUAAUGUGGUCUAUAGAGAAGUUUUUACCGGGAUGCUACCUAACAUUCUCCCUUGA